AUGUCCUUAACCAAAGCCGAGGAUCACCCCCAAGUUUCCCGGUUUUGCUGGCAAAACCUGCAGGUGGAUCCUGCCCCAGACUUUCCAGCCGCCGAGCUGCUCCGUGAAGAGACGGUGCAGGAAACCAUCUACAAGCGUGUCUUCGGCGAGGAGGUACCGCUGCGGCCGCCACGCCGAUACCAGGUCAGAGUUUUGAAGCAGCUGAUCUCGAGGAUCGAGGGCGCCAUCGAGGAUUGGGAGGUCCACGGCAUCUCGGACAACCUCACCUCGGCUCUCUCGCGCCUGCUCUCAGAACCGCUGCCCUCGGAGACCGAAGCUGCGCAACAGAGGGACUACGUGGUCUAUCACCUCUCGCUUCUUCUUCCGACCCAGCCAACGGCGGCUGACGACAAUAACAGCUCGCCGCGCAUCAACCUCCUCGAAUCUCGCUCGCUCAUCUCGGCGUCCGGCACCACAGGCCUGCGCACUUGGGAGGCAGCCCUCCACCUGGGCCAAUAUCUCUGUGCCGACCCGUCACCCGCCAGGAACAAGCGCGUUCUCGAACUUGGCGCCGGAACGGGCUAUCUGGCAGUGCUCUGCGCAAAGUACCUCGGGUCGAGCCAUGUCAUCGCAUCGGACGGGUCGGACGAGGUCGUCAACCACCUGGCCCACAGCUUCUUCCUCAACGGCCUGCAGGACUCGACUCGAGCUACCGCCAUGCAGCUGCGAUGGGGCCACGCCCUGGUCGGCACCGAGCUGGACGGGGCGUUGGGGAAGGUGGACACGGUCCUGGGUGCCGACAUCACCUACGACGCGAGCGUGAUUCCGGCUCUGGUCGCGACCCUGGAGGACCUGGCCACCCUCUUCCCGGGCCUGACCGUCCUCAUUGCCGCCACGGAACGCAACAGGGUGACCUUCGAGAGCUUCCUGGACGUGUGCGGGAAACGGGGCUUCCGAGUGACCCACGAGCCCUUCCCCGUGCCGCCGAGGAGCGAGCAAAACGGACCAUUCUAUAGCGACGCAACUCCCAUACACAUAUGCAGACUGCACAAGUAA